UCCCUAAAACUCUAGUCGACAAACCAACCAGAGAGAGGUAGCACUCUGAUCCAGAUUACAUUACAGCGAGAUUGCGCAUUAGCCUUAGCCCAAAGUCUUUCGGUAACGUUUGGUCGUGAAAAACUUUAACACCCGAUUUUGCAAUUGGACUGGGAAUCCAAAAAUUCAAAAUCUGGGCUGUAAAAUCGGGUUAGUUUCUGACUAGCUAGCUGUGGUUUAAUUGGCACGGGGAUUAAUCAGGGAUCUUCCAACCCGCAGGUUGUACACAGUCUGUUCGACUAUUUGAUUCAAAGAGAUUUCAGAUUUUCAUAUAUCUUUCAAUCGCUCUUUGUCCAUUCGUAUUUAAUAAAAAUCUGUCAGUGGGUUCACUUAACCGCAUUCAGAGUCCUUAUUUUCUGCCUUAUUAUCAUUUUGUGUUGCCUUUGAAGUUUGAGAAAGAUGCUUAUAAAACGUAUCCUGUCAUCUUCUAUUUCUUCUUCAUAUGGCUUUUCAUCGUUGUCCACCUCCUCGAAUUUGUUAAAAAGCGGAAGCAUUUUGAAGCAAGCAAGGACAUUUUCAGAUGCUGAUAUUAUUGAGUAUUCCAAGCUGACACACGACGCCAAUCCAUUGCAUUUUGAUGCUGAAUGCGCCAAAAAUGCUGGUUUUAGUGACCGCCUUGUUCCUGGGAUGCUUGUCGCUUCCUUAUUUCCUAGGAUUAUUGCUGCUCAUUUUCCAGGAGCUGUGUAUGUUUCACAAACCUUGCACUUCAAAUUACCUGUUUAUAUUGGAGAUGAGAUCAUUGCUGAGGUACAAGCAUCAAGCAUUAGACAAAUGAAAAACAAGCAUAUCGCAAAACUGUCAACAAAAUGUUUCAAAUGUGAUGGUCCUCUAGUAAUUGAUGGUGAGGCAACAGCAAUUUUACCAUCUCUGGUAAUGGAACCAACUCACUUGGCAAGUACUUCCAGCUAAUCGGAAAAACCUUUGCUUGUCAGUUAAAGCACCUGAAGUUGCACGAGAUUCUCUUAAAAUCCUAGCAGCCUGCAUAGUUGUCUGCUUAUUAUUAAGAAAUACAUAGGGAAUGUCCCUCAGUUAAUUGCAACCCUGGAUGGUAGAAUUCGAUGUCAUUCAGUCCAGAGCCUUUAGGUUGAGUCACAAGUUAGCAUUGUUCUGAGCCUUUAGGUUAAGUCACCAGUUAGCAUUGUUCUUGAUCACACAUUAAAAAGUCACUUUUGAUUGUGGUACUUGGUCACAAACGCAGUCCUUGUCCUUUGAGCAUGAAAGCGAUU